UAUAUUCUGCCUAAAGUUCCAGUCUUCACAGCUUUCCCUCUACUAGCUAUACGCGUAUCACCAUGGCUCUGAAACUCUUCCCUUUUCUCUUGCUGCUAACGCUCUCGAUCUCUCUGCAAAUUCAUGCUAGAGAGAGCCAGUUCUUCAGCAAAGUUCCCAGCACUUCCAACAACAACAAUGUUCAGGAGACGACACUCCCCAACACACGAGAGCAAAGCUUGAACAAGCAACAACAAGAGCCCAGCUUUGUCCCGGAGACGACGAAUCAAAAGACAGUAACAGUCAAGUAUCAAGAACAGAAACAGCAGAAACAACAGCAAGAACCCACUUUUAUCCCGGAGACUGAAAAUGGCUACGGAUUAUACGGCCACGAAACCGGUCAGUUCCCUCCCACCACUUCCGCCGCAGAGAAAUAUGAACCACACACCACCCCCACUACCACCACACCAACCUAUUAUGAGCCCUACACUACUCCCACCACUUCCGCCGCAGAGAAAUAUGAACCAUACACCACCCCCACUACCACCACACCAACCUAUUAUGAGCCCUACACUACUCCCACCACUUCCGCCGCAGAGAAAUAUGAACCAUACACCACCCCCACUACCACCACACCAACCUAUUAUGAGCCCUACACUACUCCCACCACCACCACCGGGAGUUAUGAACCCUACACCACCCCGAUCACCUCCGCCGCGGAAAAUUAUUCCCCGUACACUACCCAGUCUCAAACCCAAGAAUACUACAGCAACAACAACCGUGGAUACAACAACAACAACAAUUAUUACUACAACAAGAAUGCUUUUUGGAGUCAGCCGGACAACAUGAGCGGCUCCAAGUACAAGGAAAAUGGCUACACCAGCUUGGCAAACAGCAACAACAACAACAACAACAACGGCUACUAUAACUACUACAAUGGCGGCAACAAUGGUGAGAAGCAGGGCAUGAGUGACACGAAGUUCCUGGAGAAUGGCAAGUAUUAUUACGACGUUCAGAAUGAGAAGAAUAGCUACUAUCCCAAUCGGUAUCAGAGUUCAGAGAAUGAGUACAACAGUCGGAAUUACAAUAGCAACAAUCAGAAAAGUUACGAGUACAAUAACUUCAUGGAUAAGAACCAGAACCAGUAUGAGUUUGAUGAGCUCAAUGAUUGAUGAAUCGAUCCAAGCACCCGUUGUUUACACAUAAAAGUGAAAUCACUUCUAGUAAUGGUGUUUAAUUAGCUGCAAAUUAAGUUUUUAUUAGGAUAAUUAAGUUUUUAUUAAUUUUUUGAUCUUGUUUUUGGGUUUUUAUCAUCAUCAUCGUGCACUCUGAAAUGCUAAGGUAUGUUUGAGAACAUGUAUGGUUUUUUCGAAUUCUUGUUCAUGAAUUAUUAUAUACAGCUUUUCUUGCUUCUCUUUCA